CCUCGGCUCCAGCCUAGGCCCUGUCCCCCUCCGCCCCAACUGCCAUUUCCUGUCCUACUCCGGACGCGUCAGGGAUUCUGGUCCACAAUGGCUGACAAUCAAGAUAAAGAUUUGCAGAGAUUUCUUAAAAACGUGGAUGAAGUUGCCAAUUUAAUUCAGGAGAUGAAUUCCGAUGACCCAGCUGUGCAGCAGAAAGCCGUCCUGGAGACAGAAAAGAGACUACUGCUCAUGGAGGGGGCCCGGGAGGAGGAGGACGGGUGCAGGACCGCCUUGAACAAGACCACGAUCAGCCCUCCGCAAGCUCCGACGGAGAAUACAGAUGAAAUAAACCCAGAGGCCUUCUUGGCAUCUGUGGAGAAGGACGCAAAGGAACGAGCCAGGAGAAGAAGGGAAAACAAAGCCUUGGCAGACGCCCUGAAAGAGAAGGGGAACGAGGCCUUUGGCAGAGGCGACUACAACACGGCCGUCCUGCACUACAGCGAGGGUUUGGAGAAGCUGAAGGACAUGAAGGUCCUCUACACCAACCGAGCCCAGGCUUACAUAAAACUGGGGGAUUAUCAGAAGGCGCUGGAGGAUUGCGACUGGGCUCUGAAGUGUGAUGAAAAAUGCACGAAGGCGUAUUUCCACAUGGGAAAAGCCCACUUGGCCCUCAAGAACUACAGCGCGUCGAGAGACAGUUACCAGAAGAUCUUAGAAAUCAACCCCAAGCUGCAGACACAGGUGAAAGAAUACCUGAACCAAGUAGAUCUUCGGGAGAAAGCAGACCUGCAAGAGCAGGAAGCCCGAGGACUUCUAGACUCGGGAAGGAGCACAGCUGUGUCAACCAGGAACCUCCUGGAGACCCUUUCCAAGCCCGGCUGCACGCCUUUGUUCUACGCUGGGGGGAUCGAGAUCCUGACGGAAAUGAUGCAGGAUUGCACAGAACGGACUUUAUUCAGGACACACAAUGGGUUCAGCAUCAUCAGUGACAACGAGGUCCUGAGAAGGUGCUUUUCCACAGCAGAAAAGGAUGCUGUUGAAGAGACAGCCUGCCUGUCCGUCCUCAAGCUCUGGCAAGCCGUGUGCAGUGGGAACGAGGAAAACCAGCGUCUGCUCGUGUCGCACCCCGACCGGGCGGCGCUGCUGCCCUCCCUCUUGGCCUCCAGAGUGCUGGCCAUCCGACAGCAGAGCCUGGCCCUGCUGCUGCAGCUCGCGCAGAUGGAGAAUGGACGGAACCUGAUUGUCUCCCACCUUGACCUGGCCCGGUUGUUGGAAGCCCUGGUGUCAUUCCUUGACUUCUCAGAUAAGAAGGCCACCAACGCCAUGCAACUGCUUACAGACUUGGCCCUCGAGCAAAGACUCCAAGUCUGGUUCCAGGCCAACCUUCCAGCUGUUCUCCCUGCACUCACAGGCAUCCUGAAGCACGAUCCCAGGACAACCAACUACGCAGCGUUCUGCCAGUGUCUCGCCAUCCUGGGAAACCUCAGCGCCGAGCCCGCCACCCGGAGACACAUGGCAGCCUGCGAAGAAUUUGGGGAUGCCUGCUUAGGCCUCCUGGCCAGGUGUGAGGAGGAUGCGGCUGGGUUCCGAGAAGUCACAUACACGCUCCUGGGACUCCUGAUGAACUUGUGUCUUCAGACCCCGUUUGUCUCAGAGGUGUGGGCUGCGGAGGUGAGCGCUCAGUGCCUGUCUCUCCUGAACAGCCAGGACGGAGGCAUUCUGACGAGAGCCGCUGGCGUCCUCAGCCGCACCCUCCCGUCCUCUCUGAGAGUCACCCAGGAGGCCCUGAGAGCCGGAGUGGUGAAGAAAAUGAUGAAAUUCCUGAAGACUGGAGGCCAGACGGCAUCACGUUACGCCAUAAAGAUCCUAGCUGCCUGCACCAAUAGUUGCCACGGCGCUCGGGAGGAAGUAGUGAGGCUGGAUAAACAGUUUGGCGUGUUGCUGCAGCUGCUCGACUCUGAGGAUGAGGUCCUGGUGGGGAACGCUGCCCUGUGCCUCGGCAACUGCAUGGAGGUGCCGCACGUUGCAGCCUCCCUGCUGAGGACUGACCUCGUGCAGGUCCUACUAAAGCUGGCCGGCGGCGACGCGCAGAAGACGGCCGUGCAGCUCAACGCGGGCAUCGCGCUGGGGAAGCUGUGCACCGCCGAGCCUAGGUUUGCCACUCAACUCAGAGAGCUGCACGGCAUAGAAAUUCUCAGCUCCACGAUGAAGUACAUCACUGAUUCUUGAGAGACAUGCAUCUGUGUGCGUUUUUGUGAAUUCUCAAUUAUAUGCAGAUACUGGUUGUAUGCUAGGGUUUGUUCCUUUGCUUAUAACAAAGACUAC